UGGUAAAACACUCACCCUUUUAACAGUUAUAACCCACCCCCCACUUUUCUCUCUACUUUUACCCAGUUACAACCUUUAUAACCCACAACUCCUCUCCUCUCUCUCUCUCUCUCUCUCUCUCUCAUCUGCAAGCUCCAACGCCAAAAGGUAAGAAUGGAUGAAAAGGUUCUGUUUCACGCAUAAAAGGAGGAGGUUUUAAGAUCUUGGAAGAGGGGUACCUCUGUAAGAGUUGCAAUGCCAGUUCCUCUUGCUCCAUAUCCAACUGCUACGGCACCGUUUACACCACCUGCAAAUGGUGCACAAAGCCAGCUAGUGUGUUCCGGAUGCCGAAACCUUUUACUCUAUCCAGUUGGAGCAACCUCUGUAUGUUGUGCUGUCUGCAAUGCAGUCACAGCCGUGCCACCCCGUGGCACGGAAAUGGCUCAGUUGGUUUGUGGAGGCUGUCACACCUUACUCAUGUACAUUCGUGGAGCGACUAGUGUACAAUGCUCGUGUUGUCAUACUGUCAAUUUAGCCUUGGAAGCAAAUCAGGUGGCACAUGUCAAUUGUGGGAACUGUCGGAUGCUGUUAAUGUACCAAUAUGGAGCACGGUCUGUGAAAUGUGCAGUUUGCAAUUUUGUGACAUCAGUUGGGGCCUCAACAAGCACUACUGAACAAAAGUUCAACAGCUAAAAUUGUGCAACAGUUAAGUUGGUUACUAGUUACUACAAAGACCAUUUCAGUUUCGGAACUCACAGAGUCCCCCCAGUAUGUGCAUCUCUGAACAAGCAAAACAUUUUCUCCUUGCUACUUGUAUAGAGUUAUUUUCCCCUUGCGUGACUUUAUUAUGAAUAAGAAGUUUUGGUAAUUAAAUUAGAUGUCUGAGAAGUAAUGUAUAAGCAGACUUUAAGGUUAUGAGUGCAUUUAAUGUUAUUGGAUAAGAAAAACUUCAUUUUCCUUCGAGUUUCAGAUAUGCAUCAGUGGCAUAAAG